AUGGGUAACAUCUUCGUGCUAGUUGCUGGCAGCGCGACCGUGGCUUUUAUAAUCUACAGGCUCGCAUUCCGUACCUUCUCCGGUGUGAGCGCUGCGUUCGGGCAUCUGGCGCCGAUACCGACGAUAGGCUACAACAAUCUGCUUCUGUCCUAUAUUGACGCGGUUCGCUUCUUUGGAAGAGGGAAGGAUGUCCUCGCCGAAGGAUAUGCGAAGCACAAGGGUGGCUUUUACAAGGUCGCACUUUGGGAUAGGUGGUUGGUGGUGGUCAGCGGUCCCAUGGCGGAAGAAAUGCGCCGGCUGCCGGACGAUACGAUGUCCUUCACGGAUUUCGUUAACGACUACUUCGCCCAAAAAUUCAUCUUCGGCAGCGAUCUCAUCGAUAACCCGUACCACCUUCACCUUAUUCCGUCCAAGCUGACCAAGAAUCUUGGGUCGUUGUUCGACGACGUUCGCGAAGAAGUUCUGGUCGCCUUCAAGGAAUUGGUCCCAGAGAAAGAUGACGAAUGGGUCGUGUUUCCUGCCAUGGACGCCAUGAGGACGGUUGUAUGCCGCACCAGCAACAUAAUUUUUGUCGGACAACCUCUGUGUAGGGACAUCGGAUGGCAAAACUUGAACAUGCGUUUGGCAAUGGGGAAUCAGGUUGCUUCGGACCGCUCGUUGCUGAUACCCCGCCCGCUGAAGCCGUUGCUUGCCCCUUUGUUACUCAAUGUGGACAUCACCGCGAGAGAGGCUUCAGUUUAUCUACAACCUCUUGUAGAGGAGCGUCAACGCCAGUAUGAACAACACGGAAUCGACUACCCUGACAAACCUAACGAUUUUCUGACGUGGAUGAUGGACGGGGCCGAGGGACCACCUCGCAGCCUCGACGACAUGGCCCGAAGGAUUCUGCACCUGAACUUCGGAGCUAUCCACACCUCUACUCUUAUCAUGACGCAUGUCAUCUACAAUCUGGCCACGAAUCCGGAGCUAUGGCUGCAACCUCUUCGCGAGGAGGUUGAGCGCGUCGCCAUGACCAAGAUGCACAAGAUAGACAGUUUCAUCAAAGAGUCAAGUCGGGUCAAUGCAUUGAGCGGAAUCAGUUUGCUGCGCAUGACGCUGAAAGACUACACGUUCUCCGACGGCACCUUUAUACCCAAAGGAACAUCGCUAGCCGCACCCACGACUGCUACGCAUGAAGAUUCAGUGAUUUACGAGGAUCCUCUCACCUUCAAACCAUGGCGCUUUUCUGAUAUGAGAGAAGGCAGCGAAAGCGCAAAGCAUCAAUUUGUUAAUACAUCCCCGGAGUUCCUAACCUUCGGACACGGCAAACAUGCGUGCCCCGGUCGUUUCUUCGCAGCAAACGAGCUGAAGAUGAUACUUGCUCAUAUCGUCAUGUAUUACGACGUGCAACUCGAGAACGAGUCUCACAUCCGACCACCGAACUCUUACUUGGCGGUGAAUUGUAUCGCGGACCCCAAGGCUAAUGUCUGCCUGCGCAAGAGACGGGAAUGCGGAUAA